AUGCGCUUUUCGACUAUUGUGUUAGGCCUCUUGGCCACCGUCGGCCUGGUGGCUGCCAGCCCUGUCGCUGUCGAGGCCCGCGCUGCUGACGGCAAGCUCGCGUUCCUGCGCGACCAACCUCUUCUGACGUUCAAGUACUCGACUCCGUCCCCCAAGUCAAAGAACUGGGUCGGUAUCUACCCCGCCUCCGGUGGCGGUCCGGACAAGGAGGUGAUGGUGGACCCUUCUAUCACCUGGGCCUACGCUCCCAAUGCCGACAGCACCGUCAAGGUCCCAACCACUGGCCUCACAGCCGGCAAGCAGUACAAGGCCUACUACCUUGCCGACGACGGUUACAAGUGGCUUGCCGAGCCCGUGACCUUUUACAUGCCCACCGAGCCUCGUGCCUUGGACGGCAAAUUCGAGCUUCUUCCUGACCAGCCCCUCCUGACCUUCAAGUACUCGAUCCCUACGGCAAAUUCCAAGAACUGGAUUGGCAUCUACCCUGCUUCGGGUGGCGGCCCCGACCAGGAGAAGCAAGUGAACCCCUCCCUGACCUGGGCGUACACUCCCAAGACCGACGGCACGGUCCAGAUCGCUGCCUCGUCUCUCACCGGCGGCCAACAGUACAAGGCUUACUUCCUCGCCAAUGAUGGCUACAAAUGGCUGGCCGAGCCAAUCCUCUUCUAUAUGCCAUCCCCCGAUGUCCCAUUCGAGUUCAUCGUCACCAAGUUCACUCUUCAGAACGCCCGUGUCGGUGAAGACUUCAGUGUUACCAUUGCCGGCCUACUCAACGGCGUCACAGAUCCGUCCACAGUGAGCUUUGAAAAGGUCUCCGGUGAUGCCUGGGUCGGGGUGUCUUCCACGGGCGGCAUCAUUUCCGGCAAGCCCACUGCCGCAGGCAAGGUCCAGGCCACUAUCAAGGCCACCCUCGCUGGCAAGGGGUCGAGCACACUGGAAGUUACUAUCCCAGUCCGCCGCGCCGACCAGGUGCUCGUAUCUUCUCUCAACGUCCUGACCUACAAUCUAUGGCACGGCGGUACUCAGGUAAAUGACUACCACCGCAAGCAAGUUCGCUUCCUCGCUGGUGGCAACUUCGAUAUUAUCGGUUUCCAAGAGUCUACUGGAGACCAUGCCAACCGUCUGGCAAAGGCUCUUGGCUGGUAUGUCUAUCAAGGCCAGGACGUCGGCACCAUCAGCCGCUACCCUAUCGUCGAGACCUACACCAUUCCCGGCAGCUACAGCCUGGGUGUGCGCAUCGCUCUCGAUGGCCAGAAGCAGCAGGUGAACGUCUGGAACCAGCACCUGGGCUACGAUCCGUACGGACCUUACGACUUCUGCUUUUCCAAGAUGACUGUGGAGCAGACUCUAGCGCGCGAGGCCCAGUCCGGACGCACUCCUCAGAUUCGCAAGUCUUUGGAGCUCAUGAAGUCUAAUCUUGACAACGCCAACAGCGUCCCCGUCAUCCUCCUCGGCGACUUCAACGCGCCGUCCCACCUGGACUACACAGAGGCCACUCGGGACACCCACUGCGGCUACGCCAACGUGCCCUGGCCCACCUCCGUCGAGCCCACCAACGCCGGCAUGAUCGACUCGUACCGAGUCAUCCACCCGGAUCCACUCGCCGUCCCCGGCAUCACCUGGUCGCCAAUCUACUUGGACAACAACGGCAGGAAGGAGCCCAUGGAUCGCAUCGACUUCAUUUACCACAAGGGCAACAUGACCGUCGUUGAUUCCAACACACUCAUAGUUGGCAGUCCCACCCCGGAGCCUAAUCAUAAGAAUAACGACUGGACUUCUGAUCACGCCAGCGUUCACACCGUCUUCCAGCUUCCUGUUGCCAAUGGACAGCUCUGCAAGCCUCGCAAGCCUUAG